AUGACCCCCGGAGUGCCAGACGAUGCGACAGCCCAGACGCUCAACUAUGCGCUGGGCAACCUUGGGGGCCGACAGAAGAGCUGGAUGACGCCGCUGCCCUCCAGCGCGCCUGCCCAGCCGCCCAUCGUUCCUGCCGAACUCACACAAAACCCACUACCCUUCACCGUGCGCGGUCGUGGAAGGCCUCGCAAGCAGCCCAGGUUUACUGUUCCUUCCUCCACAUACGCACCCGCAGAGAACCUGAUCACGCGCCCAACCGUCGAGACCGAGCCGCAGCCACUAUCGAACUCGACGUCUCCCCAGCUCCCAAAUGUCGUCGCCCACCAGAACAGCGCCAACCACGGGCAUUCGGCAGCCCGCGUGCUUCCGUCGCCCACGCCAAGCGAGGAGACAUCGCGCUGUCCGCCCCCAGCACCGCACGAGACUGCUCCUGCAAAAAGAGUCAACGAAGGAUAUGCGCAACAAAUGGACAAGCGGAGGCGCAGUGAGGCUUAUGCAGGGCCGGUAGCAAACCCGACGAAUCCUCCGCCGGACCUUCCGCGUCGACCGUCCGGCCACUACUCACAGAUCGGCAGUCCUAUGCUGGGUCAGAUGGGUCAGACCGUUAAUCGCAGCCCGUCGCUCGGCAUGAUGGCAUCGCCACAACUGCCCCAGGGCAUGCAAUUCCAAGAUCCGCGCCUCAGUAGAACACCUCCUCAGCCAUACUCGCCCUAUGGGCUGCCACAAGCAGUCUCGCAAGACCCAGUAUCCCGGCCUGUAUCUCGCUCCGUACAGCCUGAUAACACGCCUACAACCCCCUUGGCCCCUGAUUUCAUGAGCCAGGGCUGGUAUACAAAGAAAGACUGUCUGCAGAUCUUAGGGCAAUUCCAGGCAUCAGCACCCCCAAUAUCACCUGCCUCUCAGGACAGGAAACGCUUUCUUGUGCUGCAGAACGCUGUUGAGCUGUCAGACUGGCCCUAUCUUACUAUGCAUCAAUGUUACUGCCUGAUGACCCACGCCCCUCACAUGCUACCGGCGGGGUUGAAGUCGUUGCCAGGUUUACAACAAGCGCAGAGGAUAUUGCACGAUGUUCUUGAUGCAAACCACAUACUAUCGCCUAGUUAUCUUCACUUCUUCUCCCAUUUCCCAUACCCGAUGCAGCAAAUUGCAGCCAUGUGGCCGGCCACAUUCGAGUACCAAGCACAGCUUUUCAGACAGUUUGUUGACCAGUCGCCCAACUACGACCAACUGAAGGCGAUAUGCGAGCACCGUCGAUUCCCGCCCCUCGUCCGAGAACUUGUUGUCGAACUCCGCGUUCAUUCUCUCACUUUCCAGCGUCUGCUCUUCACCGCUUUUCUGCGGUGUAUUUGCCGCGCGGUGGUCUCGAAUCCUAAUGUCAAACCCUUGCUUGCAAAGUUCGAGAACGACAUAGUUGGUGUCUUCGAGCAGAAUCAACACUACCACUACUCACGGCAUGCUUCCUCAGCUACGGAGACGCCUGAGCAGAGCCAACAAUUAAAACACGACGAGGAACGAAUUUGGGGCUCUAACCUGAGAGCGCUAGUCGAGGCAUUCGAGGCUAACCUUCGCAAGAACGGCGCUUCAUUGGCUGAUCACACGUACGGCGCUCCCCAACCUCAGCAACAGGUACAGACCCACCAGGCCCCUCCAUCGCAACCGCAGCAAGUGCAAGCCCGGCCCCAGCCCCAACCACAACGAGUACAGACCAGCUCGCCCGCUGUUCCGCCUUGCAAUCAUCCCCAACAAAUGCCACCGCGCACGACUAGAUCGGUUGACCAGGGUUCGGCACAAGCUGCUAUACAGCAGUCGCCUGGGCCUGGUCGUCCUCCCGCACGCCCUGCCCAAUCUACAGGGGUGGCGCCGCCUCCACGUGGGGUGCCCUUGCUUCCUGCUGCUGGCUGGCAACAACCACAACAGCGUGUACCCAAUCCAGCACGCUUUGGGCUGCACCAAGCUCAUCUCAGAAGUCCAGUUCUUCGUGCGCAAUCCAAAUCCUCGCCGCUGUACACAUUUUGUCAAAACUUCCUCAAACCCCCAACGCGGUUGUCCUCGCCAGGCCGUGCGAUUGAGAAAUGGACAAUCACCCUGACACCUUAUGAUAUGCAGAGGAUUGGGAAAACUAUUCCAGAUCAAAUGGGUGGACCUGGUACUGUGAACAUCAACGAGACCACGAAAUUUGCUCGUUUACGUUGCGUCAAAUGGCCGGAGCCUGAGUGGACGGAGGAACGCUGGGCUGUCGCCGAUACGUCUUGGAUACCUCACUCGUACUACACGCUCAACGACACCCCUCUCGAACCGCGGAAGAAGAUCCACUAUGGAAAAGACAUGCCCAUCGACCUCACGGGCCUGCUCCAAGAAGGCGAGAACGUUUUGGAAAUUGCAGUAAUGGCUCGGUCCGGCGAGAAAUCUCAUCUCAACUACAUGCUCGCCAUCGAGGCCAUGGUUGUCUCAUCCCACGAGUCCAUCGUAAAACACUGUCUAAACCAGAGUCGCGUCCCCGCAGACAAAGUCCUGCAAGGCAUCAAAAACAAACUCUCCGCCGUCGACGACGACGAGAUCAGCGUCGUCGAAAGCACCCUCACCAUCGGCCUCUUCGACCCCUUCAGCCAAGCCAAAAUGUGCGACAUCCCCGUCCGCAGCAAAGCCUGUCCGCACAACGACUGCUUCGACCUAGAAACGUUCCUCCAAUCCCGGCCUCGCAAGGGCGACGCAUCCGUAGCCGAUCAGUGGAAAUGCCCCAUUUGCAAAUCUGACGCCCGGCCACAGAUGCUUUUUGUAGAUGGCUUCAUGGAAGAGGUCAAGAAGCAGCUUGAGGCCCAUGGACGGGCAAAUACGCGCCAUAUCAUGGUGAGGCAGGAUGGAAAGUGGAUACCCAAAGCUGAAGUCAGAGAGGGCGUUUCGAGUGCCACGCCUGAACCUGUUGCUGCGAGACGGUCAGUUCCGGCCGAGGUUGAGAUUAUCGAUCUUAGUGACUGA